AUUUUGUCACACUUAGAAACAAAAAAAAAAAAAAAAACUCAUUGACUGCUUAAUUUUCCCCUCUUCUUUUUCUCUACCCACAAUUGUAGGGCUUAUGUCUUUUACCAAUCACUAAUCACUCUUCAGUUUCUCUCUAUUCUCUCUCAUUCCUUAUACAGGACACUUUGCGGAACUCUGCGAGUAAAGCUACAGCAGCAUGCCAUCAAAUUCCAAAAGCACAAAUCAGGAGGAAACCAAUGCUUUUAAUGGUGCACGUUCCACUGUAUAUCCUGAACCUUGGUGGAACAGUGCUGGUUAUAAUCCUGUUUCCCCUGGGUUGAUGCGGGAAAAUGCAUCAGAUUCGUCAUCAUUGGAACAAUCUGCGGAUGGACAAUCACAGUCUGAUGGUGGAAUCAGUGAGGAAGAUGAUGAUGCCCCUGAAAAAUCGCAAAGUAUUGUACCUUUGCAUGCAGAUGGGAGUUAUGCAAAGGUGGAUCAGAAUUUUCAGCCAGCUGGGCCGACCAUACCUCCCAGACUUGAUGGCAGCCUAGCACAGCCCCAACAGCUUGAACUUGUUGGGCACUCUAUUGCUUGUGCUCCAAACCCAUAUGUUGAUCCAUAUUAUGGUGGGAUGAUGACAGCGUUUGGCCAGCCUUUGGUUCCUCCUCAUGUACUGGAUAUGCACUAUGCAAGGAUGCCCUUGCCACAAGAAAUGGCUCAAGAACCUGUUUAUGUUAAUGCUAAGCAAUAUCGAAGGAUCCUGCAGCGAAGACAGUCACGCGCUAAAGCAGAACUUGAAAAGAAACAGAUAAAAGCUAGAAAGCCAUAUCUUCACGAGUCUCGACAUCAGCAUGCACUGAGGAGGGCAAGGGCCUCGGGAGGACGUUUUGCCAAAAAGACAGAUGCUUCUAAGGGUGCUGGCUCUGUGAGUUCAUCAGGUUCUGAACCUUUGCAGUUCAAUGCUGCUGAUGCUCAAAGGAGGCAUGAAAAUGGAAGGUUGGCCGAGCUCCAGCAUUCUUAUUCAAACGGUAGCAGUUAUGGAAAUCAGAGUAGCUUUCAAGAAUCAAAAGACGAGUACCAGUCUGCUGAAAGCAGGGAAGGAGGUCCUUCUGGCAAGUAAUUGGGGAAACGCUUGUGUCUAAACCAGCUCUUGCACUGCAAUGAGAGGCUCGAGUAAGGACAGAAAGUUUUACAGUUAUUGUUUCAGUUCUUGGCUUUUUCAAGCUGGGCGGCAAUUCAUUCUUGGCUUUUACUUUAGUGUUAACGGGAGCAAUAGAGGCAACGAGCUUUGGCAGUGUUGCAUUGCUUGGAAGUCUACUUCCCUUUUGUACAAAGAGAUGAACUAGAAGUAGGAUUAGAAAGUUGUUCAGUAAGCUUAUGGUUGGCCAGUUAUUGUAGUUUAGGAAACCAUGUAAAGAGGAGGUUGGUUUUGUAUACUUUGUUAUCUCGUUUCUUAAUUGUUGCAAAAAUUUCUGAGUUUGGUUUGUUUAGAUAUGAUGAUGAUCUGUCAUCAAAGAUACAGUAGGAUAAAAUGGCAGAUUUGAGGUGAAGA